AUGGCAUUCGCUCGUCGCCUUGCCAUUUUACCCGGCGGCUUAGGUGGCCUGGGAUCAAGUAUCGGCCAAAAGCUAAGGCAACAAGGUGCCCGCCUUGCAAUUCUAUACGCGCCCUUUGAGGCCGCACGUCGCGACCAGCUCCUCGAGACAGGAUAUGGAAGCAGCACAGACCUGGAUGACAUCCGCACUUAUGAGUGCGACAUCACGUCCCCCGAGUCCGUGCAGUCUGCGUUCAACGCACUAGAGAAAGAUUCAGUGUCACCAGACACCUCAUCUCAGACUGAGAGAGCCUUCCCCAGUAUCCUGAUCAAUACGGCUGGAUAUGUCUCUCUUAGCGAUAUGGAGCUCACACCACCCGAAGAAACAAUGAAGCAUCUGACCACCAAUAUCUUUGGACCAAUGCUUUGCUCCCAGGCUUUUGCCCAUUUGUAUUUCGCUGCGUCGAAGGCAGCGGAGUCUUCAACUAGUCCUCCGCCACCGGGUCGGAUCGUUAGUAUUUCGUCGCAAGCUGCACAUGCUGCUUUGCAUCAACAUGGAGCUUACUGUGCUUCGAAGGCUGGCUUGCUAGGUUUGACGCGUAGUAUGGCUUCUGAGUGGGGACCUAAAGGGAUCACUUCAAACAGUGUAUCUCCGACCGUAGCUUGGACUGCUCUUGGGCAGAAGGCUUGGGGAGAAACGUCUGUGAGGGAGGCUUUCUUGAAGAAUAUCCCGACCGGAAAAUUUGCAUUGCCUGAAGAAGUUGCGGAUUCGGUCGUCUUCCUUUGCCAAGACUCUAGUGGAAUGAUCAACGGUGCAGAUCUUCGGGUCGAUGGUGGAUUCACGGUUCGGUAA